AUGAAAUAUUUCAUUUUGACUUUAUUUGUUUUGAAUGCAUUUAGCUUCUCCUUGAACGAUGAUUGGGAUGGUAUGGAAGAAGUGAUCAAAGUUUAAUAAGAUGCAAUUUUGGUAUAGAGAAUAAUUAAAUAGGAUCUAGUAGACUAAUUAGACGUAUAUUCAGAAACUCCGAUCACUCAACAAAUAGAGAAUCAAGUACAACAACUCAUGAAUCCACCACUUGAAACAGACCACACAAAAUAAUCAGAUGAAUAAAGUGAAGUUCACUCUCUGGAAUACUGGUUGGAGAGAUUGGGAGAUGAAUAUUCAGAUGAAACCAUCUUAUUGUAGUAAUCCUAGACAAUCACAGAAUAAGUCACAACAGUAUUAGAUGAUCUCAUUCUGAAAGUAGAAGACGAUCAACAAAUAGAUCAACAAACAGAAACUGAUUCCACCUUGAUUAUAGAUAGCAUAAGAUAAUUUUAACAAGAUUAGAAUAAUGAUGAAAAUAUCAAGUAGUCAUAGACUACAUAAUUGCAGAGUUAAGAUGAUCAAUAACAAUUAAUUGAUCUCAAUUAAAUCUAAGAUCAAUUUAAUGAAAUAGAUUCAACAAUAUCAGAAGUUAAUGUCCAAUAACAAUUAAAUGAGAGUUCUGAAGACACUCUUUAAGUUUAAAUUGAUUCCACUGAUGAAGAUGCUUCCAAUGAAUCUGCGAAUGAAUUCUCUCCCAUUGAGAAUGCUCACAAUAUAAUUUAGGAUAGUAACACAGUAUUCACAUUCAUGAAUCAUGUCCAAGAGGACUCUUAUAUUUAAUCAUAAUAGAAGGUCAAAGAUACUUACAAUUUCAAAGAGUAUUCAUUCAAUAAGGAUACUGGAGAUCAACGUUCCAUAUAUAAAGAGAAUGAUGACUCCACAGUGGAAGUAGUAGAAAGAGAGGAGGAAAAAGAAAGUAGUAAUAAUCCACAUGAAGAAGUGGAAUUCAAUAAAGCCAAAUAGUCAACUUUAAAUAGCUAACCAGAGGAAAUCUCAGGUCUUAAAAAAUACUUAUUGUACACAGAUUAACCUGAAGUAAUUUCCACUGGAACCACUGAAAAAGAAAUUGAGGAAGAUAGAAGAUUGAUUACUGCUUUUAAAUCUAUGAACAGAGAUGAAUAUUGGGAAAAAACAAACAAAAAGUAAAAAAUAAAUUCAGAUGUUAGAGAUGAACUAUUAAAACGUAAGUAUUUUAAUAUCCCUUUAGUUUCUAAUGUUUCUGAAGAUUCAAAAUAGAAGGAACCCCAAUUUUAGGAAAUUACUGAAAACAAAGUGGAAAAUCCUCAUAAAUUUAUUUCAUUUAAGGCCGACCCCAAAGUUGAAUACCCUGAGAAUACUUAAAAGGGAGAAACUGUUAAAUCUAAAUAUGAUGAAUUACCUGAAACCAAAUUGUAAUCCAAGGAGGAGAUGAAGAGGGAUAAAGAAUAAAAAAUUUGUAUAAAUUCUAAUUGAAUAUUUAGUGGAAAUGCAAAAAAUAAUUGAAGAACAGUUGAAGAACAAAAAACUAAUUAAGCAAUCUGAAACUGAUAAAUCCUUUCAAUACGAAAGUGAAUAUCUAGAAUGGGAAAGAACUACAUAAAGUAAAGUGUAUCCUGAAAUCAAUUUUGUCAUGACGUAAAAUAAUUUAAGAAAAAGAUUAUGAUUAAAUCUAACACAAAC